UUAUUAUACUCUUUGUGUCUGUGGUUUAUUCUCCAUUCUCUCGGAUUUUGAAUUUCAAAAGUGCAAAUGUAAAAUGAAAAUAUCAAAACUUUUUUCAGCAAAGUACUAAUUUGGUUUCAUAAAAGUGUAUUCUUAAUUCCUAUUAGAGAAUAAGAUAUUCCAAAAGUUUACAGCUUUAAAAUGUCUUUCAAUUUUGGAACGCCUUCUAGCGCUCCGGCUACAGCAGGGCUUACUGGUUUUAGUUUUGGCGCUAACAAGCCAGCGACAACAGGUUUUGGUUUAACUGCAACAUCUCAACCCUCCACCGGCCUCUUUGGUACUCCGGCAACAUCAGCUCCUGCUUUUGGGGCCGGGACCUCUACAUUUGGCUCCACUCCUGCUUUUGGGGCUACGUCCACUGCACCAGCAUUUGGCACCACAACACCGGCUUUUGGGACUACACCAGCUUUUGGUACAACCGCGGCAUUUGGUGCAACCUCGGCAGCACCAGCUUUUGGUGCUAACACCAGUUUUGGUGCAGCAACCAGUGCACCUGCGUUUGGUGGCACCACAUCUCUAUCUUUUGGUGCUACAACUUCGGCGCCUGCUUUUGGAACUGCUGCACCAGCUUUUGGUACAACAGCGCCGGCGUUUGGUGCUGCGAAUACAUCAUUUGGCGCUGGAUUGGGAACCGGUGGUCUCAACUUUGGAACUAGUACUGCUGCUUCGACAGGGUUGUCGUUUGGUACUACCACCACAACCACCAGCGCAGGGCUGGGCGGUUUGGGUGGCUUCGGUUUCGGCACCACCACAACCACCACACAGUCUGGUUUUGGUUUAUUUGGUGCCACAAAUACUGCUACUACUACUGCUGCGCCAAGUUUGGGUCUGGGUGGAGUUGCCCAGCCUGGGAUAACAAAUACAACUUCUGCUGAUGGGAAAAGUGAACCACCAAAGCAAACCAAACUACCUAAUGAAAUAUCGACAACUGUUGAAUCCUUUAAGGAGUUUGUUAAAAAGCAAAAGUCACUCAGUUCUGACGUAAUGCGAGUUAAUACCAAGCCAUUGCAUAAGGUGGCCCGAGAGGCGGAGAGCAUGCUGCGCGCCAUACUAGCGCUGCGCGGCGAGUGCGGCCGCUCCCGGGCGCAGUCCUUCCGCCUGCGCGCCGCCGCCGCCAACGCGCUAGCCGCGGCCGAAACCGCCGUGCGAGACGCGCCAGCAGGCGCGGACCCCGAGGGCGUGUCUCCGCCGCUGUACAUCAAGGAGCUGAUCGCGGAGCUGGAGCAGCAGCUCAUCACCUUCCGCAGCCAGAUGGACGCGGCGGACAAGCAGAUGCAGGCCUCGCCCAAGCUGCUCAGCGAACAAGAGCUGACGUUGGGCAUCCGGCGCAUGCACGAGUCGCUGGUGGCGCUGGCGGCGCGGCUGCAGGCGGUGCACACGCAGGUGGAGGCGCAGAAGGAGCAGUACCUCAACCUGCGGAAGUACAUCCUCAAGGACCCCAGCAACGUGUUCGACACGCCCUCCACAAACGCAAGCCUCGACCAGAUUCUGCGCGACGCCGAAGGCUCGAGGAAAAGCACCAAGAAUGCGAAUCUCUCGGACAUUGGGCUCGGCAGCGCCGUGCUCUCCGACCCGCGGGCCGCUUUAGGUAACAUACAGCAGUUAGCUGGACCGACUCCCUUCACCUACCUGGGCAGCACUCUGUCAUCAUUCCCCUCAGCGGAUUCCACAGGAUCGAACUGGCAACCUCAACCGCAACCCGUCAACACGUCGCUGACGAUGCCGAGCUUUGGCGCCGCCCAGAACGAGACCAGCUUCCAGCUGCAAAAGCCGCCCGGCAAGAGGGGGAAACAAUGAUAUUGGAGAUAAUAAGGUACACGAAAGUGCACCUUAACGCUGGACAAUUGAGAACAAUUUCGCGUGUGAAAUGUGAUGAAUUUAGGAUAUAAUUAUUACUGUUGUAAAGUACGCGCGUUAACAACUGAGUCUUAGGGCCAUAAAUCAUUUCUCUAUAUCUAUCUCGCUUGCACUUAUGGGUCUUAUGGAGCCGUCUAGUGAAGGGUGUAACAAUGAAAGACAUAUUAUCGAUAAGUAAAGUUUAUUAUCGUAUCUUGUUCACAAAAUUAAAAAAAUUAACAAUAUUUGAUUUAAUAUAAUACAUAUUUCAUAUUAUAUAAUUAUUAACUAAAUAAAAUUAAUCUUCAUCUGAGUCUUCAUCAUCAGAAUCUUCGUCUUCUGCCAAAUUUAUUAUAAGCGGCGCGUGAUCUCUAAUUAGAGCUUUUUGUAAAUCUUUGUUUUGAAGUUCUUCGGCAUGCCUAACACAUUUGGCCCAGUCUUCUCGUGUGACAUUUUCUAUGGCUCGGUGGAGGUGAUUUUCGACAUCUGCUAUCUUGAAGGUAUUAUUAUUCUUCGCAACUUCUCCCUUUACUUGUGCCCAAAUUAAUUCUAUUGGGUUAUAUUGACAGUGAUAUGGAGGGAGCCUUAUUACUUCAUGACCUCGUUCAUUUGCCAGAUGGUCUAAAGCGUAGACCUUCUGCGGGUUACUGGCUUUUACUUUUCUUAUUAAUUCUUCAAUAAUUUCGUUGCUGGAAUAUGGAAUCUUUUUCUUUGUCAACCAUUCUUGAAUUUCAGCUUUCCUCGUGUUUCUUGUGGGUAUCUUUUCCAACUGUAUCGAAUGAUAGCUUGCGUUAUCGACAAUUAUAACUGAGGGCUCUUCAAGUAGAUUCAGGAAUUCGGAAAACCAUGCCAUAUAUGUUUCGCCAUCCAUUUCUGUGUGGUAAUCAGCAUCCUUUGAUUUCACCGCUUUAAAUAUUAGCUUCGCAUCUGGAACGAAGCCAGUCCUUGCAGAACCCGCAUGGCAAACUAUUAAUCUUUGGCCUUUUCCCACAGGCUGAUUCUUGAAACCUCCUUCAUCGUUGCUUCCAAGCCACAUCCUCUUUCUUGCAUGGUUUUGAUUAAUCCAUGUUUCGUCUAGAUAGAAACGUGGUCGCUGAUCGUUAGUUCUUCUAAGUAAAUCCAAUUUCCUUAAAAAGUCCAUUCUAGCACAAACAAUAUCAGUUCUUUCCAUUAAAUAUUUACGUCCUUCGCUAUUUUUCUUAUACUGGAACCCAACCUCCUUCAGUAGUAUUCUCAUUGAAGUGUUGCCGCAUUUAAAAUCGGGUAAUUGUUCACGGAAUUUUUCUAAAAUUUUCGCCACGGAUGGAUACUCUCCAUUCUCAUAAAAUGAAGCUACAGUUCGCUUCAACACACUUUUAUCAAAAUCGUCAAUAUUAGUGACGGUUUGUGGUUUCUUAAAAUUUGUUCUUGGUAUACAGGUACUGCCUGAUUGUGAUACUUCCGUCUUGAUUCGGUCCACUGUCGCUCUGCUCACACCACAAACAAAUGCGGCCAUUUCACGUGGUUUGUUGAAAUUUAGAGAAGCCACUUUAUUCGGAUCACUUUUCAAUUCAUUGAGAAACAGGAAUACGUUGUGAAUCAGUGUUCGAGCUUGAGGGCUAAUAUCGCCAUGUAAUUUCUUCAGAUCAACGUUAGAAAAUAAAGUAUCCAUAGUGCGCAACGAGUAACACAUGAAUGUAUUUAUUUAAUUGCAGUAAACACAUUUAUAGCAAAAAAAAUACGCAAUGCAAUUACAUUAGAAACCGACCAAUCAGAAUCGUCCAAAUCAUUAUUGACUCAUCAUUAGCACGUGCGCAGGUAGCCGUUUAUCGAUAAUUAGGGUGCGCAGGUAGGCGCGCUGCACAUUCCUAUCUUUUUUGACUUUUAUGACCGGACGACUCAGAUGAUAACGCGCAUACUAUAGUAGUAAUGUGUGUUGUUCCAAUGGGGAUGAUGACUGGGUUUGAAUAUAUUGAUUUUUAUGAUAAAUUCGGGUAAAUAAGGUCAAUGUUAACUAAUUUUUACACAAAAAGCAAAGAUUGUCUGGAUAUUUGCUAAAUAAAUGAGAUUAUGAAAUUUCAAAUUCUAUUAAAAUAGAAAUCUUUUAUCGUAAUUAGAUGAAAAUUAGUACAGUUUUAGCUUCCUUACAAUAAAAGUGUCAUUUUUUAAUAUUUGAACUAUAAACAUAAACGCACAAAUAACAUAGAUAUUAGUAGUUUUGUUUGAACGCACAUACAAAUCUAACGAUCAUUACAUUAUCUACGACGUCAUUAGUUCGUGCCAUUUUGUAUGGGGCGUUUUUCAGUGAUCCGCGGCAGCGCCGCAAAUCUGACCUUUUAAAUCCCUAUAGCUCCGUAAGUAAUGAUCGCAGACACCCUGUUCCUUUGACAAAAUUGCUUUACUAUUAGCAUACUCUUAAUUUAUAUACAAUUUAAAAAACUGUCAUCAUCCCUAUACUCUGAAUAUCGCAACAUGUCGAAUGGGAAUGGUGACUAUAGCUUGGCAACUUCGUUCGUUACACUCUCAAUGAUCCGCGCGGGCCAGGGGGCGUGUAGCGAUGAAUGAAAAGCCCAUGACUGAUGCACCUCUCUUCCCCGCACGCACGACUUCACACCCGCGCAGUCUUUCCCCCCCGUCGCUGGCAUAUCAUGGGAGUGUCAUCAACGAACUUGUCAUACUAUAGGUUUGAAUAUAUUGAUUUUUAAGAGACAUUCAGGUAAUUUAGGUAAAAGAAAAUAAAUCUCUGUAACGUGCGAUGUUGCUUGUAAGUUAAAGGAAACUACUUGGUAAAAUUAUAUCUAAAAAAUGAAGCAACGUCAGCGACGGCCUUGUCGCGCAGUGGGUAGUGACCCUGCUUUCUGCAUCCACGGCCGUGGGUUCGAUUCCCACAACUGGAAAAUAUUUGUGUGAUGAGCAUGGGUGUUUUCCAGUGUCUGUGUGUAUUUAUACAUUAUAUAAGUAUUUAUAUGUAGUAGUAAUUGUAUAUGAAUAUUAUAAUAUCAACUAUCUUAGCACCCAUAACACAAGCUACUCUGUAUGCUUACUUUGGGGCUAGAUAGUGAUGUGUAUUGUUUAAGUAUAUUUAUUUUUAUUUAUUUAUUUACCUAUUUGCUAUGUGUAUGACUGAAUAUUGUCUAUCUCAUAUUUCCUAUAACUAAUAAGUAUCAGAUAGGUUAUAUACAGGAUGCUCGGGAGUAUUUCCCAUAACUUCAAGGUGUUGACGAGUCCACUUUUCAAAAAUAAAAACUUUAUGUUUUCAUACAAAGUAAUACAAAUAAUUCCGACUAUCCAUGUAACACACAUCUUUAUCCAUCCUUGCAUUUUAGAAUCCGUAUUACUUGGCUACGAGAUAGUUAUAAGGAUGCGAUUAUGGGACACGUUUUAAGAUCCAAUCACAAAAUAAAUAUUAUUUACCCCGAAAAUAUUAAUUUUAAAACACAUGUUGAACUUUAACAUUAUUAAUUAAUUUUCGGUAUAGAACGUACCUCAGAGUUAUGGGAAAUACUUCCCAGCACCCUGUAUAACAGAUAAGUAAUAUAUCUGAUUUUUGUUAUAACUAUUUCAUAAUUGAAAAAAAAAAUUAAACCCACCUACCCGUAUUUGAGUAGCGUGAUGGUUUAAUGAUUUAACCUCUCGGUAUAUAUAAAAUGUCUUCAUUGGCUCAGUGAUUUACACUAAAUAUAAAUAAGAAGUAGUUUAAUAUACUGUUAUUUCAUAAUUUUGUAUAGAAUCAUGACACUGUUAGAUUGUGAAAUACGUUACUUUUUAAUCUCACUCGUGAUAUUAUAAUCUGCCGUCAUAUUGUGAACUGAAAAUACUGAUUACAAUUUAACGUGUUAUUUUUCGGUAUACUAUAUUCGGUAAAUAAAUAAUAUUUUAAAAUUUAACGAUUUAUAAACAUUUUACAAGUAGACAUUGAAGACGAAGAAUUCCUUGAAAAAAUGAUAUUUUCAAAUCUUGUAUCUAAUUAUUUAUAUUUAUAAUAAUAGGCUAAUUAUUAACACUGUUUUUAAAUGGUCUUAAAUUUUACUAGAUCGAAAAUAAUUUAUGAUAUUUUUUUUGAGACAUUAAUUCAUAAAACAUUUAAUUUUUAAAUAUUUCUUGACAGUACGAGUCAAAAGGCCAACCACCAUGAUUGUCUAUAUUUUAUCUGUUUCAUGACGUCACUUAAGCUUGUAAACACUAAAUCUUAUCCAAGCGCUUUGUUUGACAAAAUUAUUACUUAUUUAAUUAGUUUGACGUUUAUUCCUUAGGUGACGUCAAGUAAGGUCGUGACGUCACAAAAUGGAUGACCGCGUUUUUGACGUUCGGAAAAAUAGAAAAAAUAAGUUUUCUAUGAACUUUUAUUAAUUUAUAUGGAUAUAUAUUACGGACCCUUAUUCCAUGAAUAUAAAUCUAUAUAUCAUAUUGUUUAUCUUAACGUCGUCAUCAACCCAUAUUCGGCUCACUGCUGAGCUCGAGUCUCCUCUCAGAACGAGAGGGGUUAGGCCAAUAGUCCACCACGCUGGCCCAGUGCGGAUUGGCAGACUUCACACACGCAGAGAAUGAAGAUAAUUCUCCGGUAUGCAGGUUUCCUCACGAUGUUUUCCUUCACCGAUUGAGACACGUGAUAUUUAAUUUCUUAAAAUGCACACAACUGAAAAGUUGGAGGUGCAUGCCCCGGACCGGAUUCGAACCCACACCCUCCGGAAUCGGAGGCAGAGGUCAUAUCCACUGGGCUAUCACUGCUCUUUUAUCUUUUAUCUUAACGAUGCGAGUCAACUUUCUUUGUAUACCA